AUGCAGCAGUUAUCUCAGCACGAUCCAACAUCCUUGGUGAACACAAAGCCUGGCCGGCCCUGGAGCAGCUACAUAGCGCCCAUGUUGUCAGGGAAAGAGAAAUGUCAGCGCAAACGACAACGCGAUCAACCUGCUAGCAAAGAAGACGAGUCACGACUCAGGGCGAAGAGGCAGAAGAGAAGCCCCGACGGCUAUCCUCCAGACGUCUGGGACAACUUAUCCAAGAUUACUCUCACACGCAAGGCAUUGAGAGAAUUCGAUCGUCGUACACAGGAGAAGAGACAUCCGCAUACCGCAAGUGUGCAGGAGACGGCAGGACGAAUACUGAGGUCAAAUCCACAGCGGCUCGAACGUUUCGCCCGCCACGGUGGUCCAGAUCUGAGCAAGCUGCGAGGUUACGCCGGUCUGCCGAUCACUGAGGACGCCAUGAAUCAGUCGAACUCCCGGACGAACAAGAGACAGCGGGACUCCGGCCUGGCAGGCAGUAGCUUCACGGGCAAAACUGGCACGACGGGCCCGUACGACCCUCAAUUUGAGCAACUACUGAUCGACCAUGGCGUGUACCCAGACGGAUUUCGAACAUUAAGCGGAGCCAGGCCGCCCAAGCCACAAAACAUGGAAGACCUCUGUCGAAGAUUGUCGCAACCACGACCGUCCCUCUCACCGUCACAAUUCUCUGAAGGUGCCUUUGAGGAUUUCCAAGACCAAAACCGUGCAGCGAGCAGCGAGCAAAAUGUAAUGAUGAACGUGUUUCCCACAAUCAGAGGCAAUACCGGUACAAAAUUUUAUAAUGAGGGAAACAUGCUGUUCAGCAAUCUGGUUGGGUUCGCUCCCGGUAUCACCGAUGCGAAACCUGAUGGUUACGAUGGCGCGAGACCGGCGGAGAUAGACCUGGCCGUCCGCAGAACUCUAAACGGUUACAUCGUCCCCUCAACCUCGGAACAUCUGCCAGCGGCGCCAAAUCACCUCACAGAGGUGAAAGGCCCAUCUGGCCGUGCGGAUGUGCUGCGACGACAGGCGACGUACGCCGGGGCAAUUGGUGGUCGAGCGAUGUGGGAGCUGCAGAACUACGGGAGCGAGACACCGAUUUACGAUCGCAAUGCUUACACCCUCGUGCCAACGUACCAUUCAGAAGGAGGGUUGCUAAGAGUGUACGCGACACAUCCCAGGCAAUCUGCGACCGGGCAGACGGAGUAUCACAUGACUCAGCUUCGCUCGUAUGCGAUGACAGAUUCAUCGGAUACUUUCCGCCAGGGUGCCGCAGCAUUCCGCAAUUCUAGAGAUAUCAGCAAGGAACAACGUGACCGCUUCAUCGCUGCCGCAAACGCUACUGCGGUGCAGAGAUCGGCACCCGCUGCCACACCCUCCAGCGGUACUUCAUGCGGGAGUCCUACCUCCUCAAGGAUUGAGGGUGCUUCAUUCGAGUCGAACACAUCCACCGACGAGCCUUCUCGUGAAGUCGGGAAACCUUCGAAGCGUCAACGCAAACGGUCUGCGGCAAAGUCAAAUGCCGCCGGAAGCGUUCAGGGUGGCAGGAGGCAGUCACUAUAG